AUGGCUGAGAACAAGUACGGUACAAUCUACAAGGUCGCUGGGCCUUUAGUCGUCGCUCAAAGUAUGGCAGGCGCUAAAAUGUUUGAGCUUGUCCGCGUAGGCUGGGACAAGCUUGUCGGUGAAAUUAUUAAACUUGAAGCUGACACUGCAAGUAUCCAAUGUUACGAAGACACAUCAGGCCUUACAGUUGGCGACCCAGUUCUCAGAACAGGCUCCCCUCUCAGUGUUACCCUGGGUCCUGGUAUAAUGGAAACAAUUUAUGACGGUAUUCAACGACCUUUAAAAGACAUUGCAAUCAACAGUAACCACAGUGCCUUUAUUCCAAGAGGAGUCGACGUCCCUGCUUUAGAUGGCAACAAGCUUUGGGAAUUUGAGCCAAAAAACAUUAGAGAAGGGUCUUUAAUCAGUGGAGGUGACAUUUUUGGGAUGGUCUUUGAAAAUGGUCUUUUUGAUAAUCAUAGACUAUUGAUUCCACCUAGAGCUCAAGGAAGAGUUACCUUUAUAGCCCCACCCGGACAAUAUAAUAUCAAUGAAAAAGUGAUAGAACUUGAAUUUAAUGGGGAAAGAAAAAGCUACUCAAUGUGCCAUCAAUGGCCUGUCAGGAUGCCAAGACCUGUUGUAGAAAAACUCCAAGGAAAUGUCCCACUUCUGACUGGACAGAGAGUGCUUGACGCUUUAUUCCCAUCUUGCAGAGGUGGAACUUGUGCCAUUCCUGGGGCUUUUGGGUGUGGAAAAACUUGUAUUUCUCAAGCGUUGUCGAAAUAUUCUAAUUCAGAUUGCAUUAUUUAUGUGGGGUGUGGAGAAAGAGGUAAUGAAAUGGCUGAAGUUUUAACUGAUUUCCCUGAGCUGACUAUACUGGAUUAGCUAUAUUUAUUAUAGUAUUUUCUGCCUAUAGCCAUUUUUAUAUAGAAAUUUCCCAUAGAUGGCGAUGUUUGCCCUUGAUUUGCCUAUGAGAAAAUUUUUUGGUUUGACCAAACCAUAUGGUACUGGUCGAACCAAAAAAUUUCCCCAGUGGGCAAAUCAAAGGCAAACAGCGCCAUCUAUGGGAAAUUUCUAUAUAUAAAAUAGCUUUGGAGAGCCAAAAUCUAUAAAUAAUAUUAAAUUUAUUAUACAAUAUUCAAAGGAAGAGAAGAAAGUAUUAUGAAAAGAACCUGUUUAGUCGCCAAUACUUCAAAUAUGCCAGUCGCCGCUAGAGAAGCUUCUAUUUAUACUGGGAUUACUUUGGCUGAAUAUUUCAGAGAUAUGGGCUGCAACGUCAGUAUGAUGGCUGACUCAACCUCAAGAUGGGCAGAAGCAUUAAGAGAAAUUUCUGGAAGACUUGCAGAAAUGCCUGCUGAUGCAGGAUAUCCUGCUUAUUUAGGAGCUAAGCUAGCUCAGUUCUACGAAAGAGCAGGCAGAGUUACAUGUUUAGGAAGCCCUGCAAGAGAAGGCUCAGUUUCCAUUGUAGGAGCUGUCAGUCCUCCUGGUGGUGAUUUUACUGAUCCAGUCACAACUGCAACAUUAAACAUUGUCCAGGUUUUCUGGGGUCUUGAUAAGAAGCUUGCUCAAAGAAAACAUUUCCCUAGUGUAAAUUGGUCAAUUUCGUUCAGCAACUAUGAAAGACAACUUGAGUCUUAUUUCGAUAAGUUUGACUCUGAAUUUUCAAUGCUGAGAACUAAAUUCAAAGAGAUCUUACAAGAAGAAGAAGAUUUGCAAGAAAUCGUCCAGCUGGUAGGUAAAGAUUCAUUAUCUGAGGACCAAAAAACGACUUUAGAAAUCGCAAAAGUUAUUAGAGAAGAUUUCUUACAACAGAAUGCCUAUUCCAAGAUGGAUUAUACCUCGCCUUUGAAUAAAACAAUUGGGAUGAUGAGAGCUAUUAUUACUUUCCACGAUUUAGCCAAAAAGGUUAUCAGAGAAAGCCCACAAGAAAACAAGAUUUCAUGGGCUGUCAUUGAAGUCCAGCUUAAGAAUCAAUUAGUGAAGAUUUCCAAGAUGAAAGAUUCUGUAGAUCCAAAAGACGCAGAAGAAAAUGUCCAAAGGUUCUUUAUUUCGUUAAUUGAUGAUAUUUCGUCUGGGUUUAGGACAUUAGAAGAUGCUUACGCUUAA